GAGGCGGACGAGAAGCCAUUGCAGAUCCAAAAUGACUACCUCUUCCAACUGGGAUUUGGGGAGUUGUGGAGGGUGCAGGAGGAAGGCAUGGACUCGGAGAUUGGCUGCCUCAUCCGCUUCUAUGCAGGAAAACCCCACAGCACUGGUGGCUCUGAACGGAUUCAGCUCUCAGGAAUGUAUAACGUCCGUAAAGGCAAAAUGCAGUUGCCGGUGAACCGAUGGGCCAGACGCCAAGUCAUCCUGUGUGGGACCUGCCUGAUGGUGUCAUCUGUGAAAGACAGCUGGGCCGGAAAGAUGCAUGUUCUGCCUCUCAUUGGUGGAAAAGUAGAAGAAGUGAAAAAGCACCAGCACUGUUUAGCAUUUAGCUCCUCUGGACCCCAAAGCCAGACUUACUACAUUUGUUUUGAUACAUUCACAGAGUAUUUAAGGUGGCUUCGACAAGUCUCCAAGGUGGCUUCACAGCGCAUUAGCUCAGUGGACCUCUCGUGCUGUAGCCUGGAGCACCUGCCUGCCAACCUCUUCUACAGCCAGGACCUCACGCACCUCAACUUAAAACAAAACUUCCUAAGGCAAAAUCCCUGCCUACCAACUGCCAGGGGGCUCAAUGAACUGCAAAGGUUCACCAAGUUGAAGAGUCUUAACCUUUCCAAUAAUCACUUAGGGGAAUUCCCAUUAGCUGUCUGCAGUAUUCCAACCCUGACUGAGUUGAAUGUGUCCUGCAACGCCCUUCGAGCAGUCCCAGCAGCCGUCCGAGUUAUGCACAACCUACAGACAUUUUUGUUGGAUGGAAACUUUCUCCAGGCCCUUCCUCCUGAGUUGGAGAAUAUGCACCAGCUCAGUUAUCUUGGUCUUUCUUUUAAUGAAUUCACUGACAUUCCAGAGGUUUUGGAGAAGUUGACUGCUGUGGAUAAACUUUGUAUGUCUGGAAACUGUAUGGAAACCCUGCGGCUACAGGCUUUAAGAAGAAUGCCUCACAUUAAACAUGUGGAUCUGAGACUGAACAUAAUUAGGAAGCUAAUAGCAGACGAAGUGGACUUUCUCCAGCACGUCACUCAGCUUGAUCUGCGCGACAAUAAGCUUGGUGACCUCGAUGCUAUGAUUUUCAACAACAUUGAAGUUUUGCACUGUGAAAGGAAUCAGCUGGUGACAUUAAACAUCUGUGGCUACUUCCUAAAAGCACUCUACGCCUCUUCUAACGAACUUGUACAACUGGAUGUUUACCCAGUUCCAAAUUAUCUGUCCUACAUGGACGUUUCAAGGAACUGCUUAGAAAACGUGCCUGAGUGGGUAUGCGAAAGCCGAAAGCUGGAAGUUUUGGAUAUUAGUCAUAAUCAAAUAUGCGAACUUCCUGCACGCUUAUUUUGUAACGGCGCUCUCCGGAAGCUACUGGCGGGACACAACGAGCUGACGAGGCUCCCUGAGAGGCUGGAAAGGACCUCGGUGGAGGUCUUGGAUGUACAGCACAACCAGCUCCUGGAGCUGCCGCCGAACCUUCUGAUGAAGGCCGACAGCCUGAGAUUCCUGAAUGCGUCUGCCAACAAACUGGAAACCCUUCCGCCAGCCACUCUGUCGGAAGAGACAAGCAGCAUCCUGCAGGAGUUGUAUUUGACAAAUAACAGCCUCACAGAUAAAUGUGUGCCCUUGUUAACAGGACACCCCCACCUAAAGAUCCUUCACAUGGCCUAUAAUCGACUUCAGAGUUUUCCAGCAAGUAAAAUGGCAAAACUGGAGGAACUUGAAGAAAUUGAUGUCAGUGGGAAUAAACUGAAAGCCAUCCCGACCACUGUCAUGAAUUGCAGGCGUAUGCACACCGUGAUUGCACAUUCUAAUUGCAUUGAAGUCUUUCCUGAAGUGAUGCAGCUCCCAGAAAUCAAGUGCGUGGACCUGAGCUGUAAUGAGCUAAGCGAAGUCACUUUACCAGAAAACCUGCCUCCAAAACUACAAGAACUAGACCUGACUGGAAACCCCCGACUUGCCCUUGAUCACAAAACCCUGGAAUUGCUGAAUAACAUCCGCUGUUUCAAGAUUGAUCAGCCUUCAGCAGGAGAUGGAUCUGGAGCCCCAGCUGUAUGGAGCCACGGCUACACCGAAGCUUCAGGAGUGAAAAACAAGUUGUGUGUCGCAGCCCUGUCGGUGAACAACUUCUGUGACAACCGGGAGGCCCUGUACGGGGUGUUUGACGGGGACCGGAACGUGGAGGUGCCCUACCUUCUCCAGUGUACGAUGAGUGACAUUUUGGCCGAAGAGCUGCAGAAAACCAAAAAUGAAGAAGAAUACAUGGUCAAUACGUUCAUUGUUAUGCAAAGCUGUGCCUUUCACAACUACCAUCGGGCUUCUGGCUUUGCCAAGAGGGAUCACUGUGCCUGUGAAAGGGAGAAAGCAGCCCAGCUGGUCCCGGGGGUCCACAGGCCGGAGUUCAAAGACCUAAACUGUCAGCCCAUCUCCGGGGUCAUUUGUAUGCCGCUUCCUUUCCCCAUUAAUAGGACACGGCACACACAGUCAUCUUUUCCGCCCUCGGGGAACUGGGUUUUUGCGCGUGACAUCCUGACGCCUUCGAGUGGGCAGCCCUGGUAUGGUUUCCAUUGCUGGUACGGCCGCUCCAUGUGGGCUGAAGGUCUUCAGGGCCCACAUCCGAGACUCCGCUCCCUGCUGGCACGGCCCAGCACGGAACGACGGAACAUUCUCGUUUGUGAGGACUCUCGCGUGAGCACUGGUCAGACGGCACCAAAUUUCCUGCAGACUAACCUGGGCAAGCUUUUCGGUGUCACUUUCGUCACCCGUCUCUCGUGA